UGAGCGGAGCAGCCUCACACUUGGCCGCUCGAUCCGUCUCUUCUGUAGCUUCCGGUGAGGGGUUUGAAAUGUUCCUGUGGCUGACUGAUAAAAAAACAGCUUUGGUUUAAGUAGCAUUUCUUUUCCUGUGGGUAUGACAUGCAGGGGAGCAAGCUCGGAGUUACCAGGAGAGUGAUAAGAAGCUGUGUUUCAUCUCCUUUGGCAAAGGAUACAAGACUGGAUUGUUCAUGUCAAGGGUAGCUGCACCUUGAUGGGAUUGGACCGGGUCUCAAAAUGGAAGGAAGUCCGCAGAUUUCAAACGUGAUGGAAGGCAACGACUCCCUGGCUUUGGUGUCCGGGGAGCGGCUGAUCUACGCCAUCACCAUACCGCUGUCCACUUCCAUCAUCCUUGCCAACCUCGUCAUCAUCUUGGGCAUCGCCUGCAACCGCCAGCUCCACAACACGCCAAACUACUUCUUCCUCAGCCUGCUGGUGGCGGACCUCUGCACAGGCUUGGCGUUACCGUUCAUACCGUUGAUGGGCGUGAACCGGCAGUUGAGUUUAAACUCCUGCAUGGUCGCCCACAUUUUCCCAAACUUCCUCUUCCUCGCGUUCCUAUUCAACCUCGUCAUGGUGCACUAUGAGCGCUACAUAUGCAUCGUUAACCCUUUGCAUUACAAUAACUUGUGGAUGCAUCGCAGCUUCCCUGUCGCGUUGCUCGUAGUUUGGGCACCACCGCUUCUGUACGCAUCUCUACCCGCAUUCGGCUGGAGUAACUGGACAGGACUGGAUUGGAACGGCUGUUGCGCAGGAAGUGGAAAGUUACCGCCGCUUUCCAACUGCUCUGCAAAUGUAACCGCCUGCUGCUCCUACAGACGAGUAUUUUCAAACGCCUUCAUCUACUUGGAGGUGUACGGACUCGUCUUACCUGCCAUUCUCACCAUCGCUUGCAUGACCGGUCGUGUGUUGUGGAUCACCCGAGGCCAGCUGAAGGACAUAUGUCGUCUCCAUCGUUCGGUCGAGCGAGGCAAUCAGGCCUCGUACCAUGAGCAGAGGUUGAACUUGCGCUACACUCGCUGCGUUGUAGCCGUGUCGCUAACGUUCCUAGCAUGCUGGGUCCCCUACCUCAUUUACAUGCACGUAUGCAUAGCGUUCUUAAUCAGCGACACUAAAUGGAGCUCUACCACUCACAUUGUGCUGUCAUGCACUGGUAUUGGAAGCAUGGCAGUGGUCCCGCUGGUGCUAGGCUUGGCUAACAAGCAGUACACAGAGCCGGCGUACAAGCUUCUCCAGAAACUCAGAGACAGAUGGAGGCGAAGGACGCAGGGUUCAGAGGAAGUGGAUGUCUAAGGAAAGACUGUUAAAGAUGAAUAUUUAUGAAAAUAACAACAGGUUUCUGAGGUUGAUGAACUGCAUGUGUACUGUAUCUUGAUCAAUGCAACCAGAAGGGAGUAUUAUGUUAGAGCAGAUAUCACAUUAGCAUUGAUUCUUUCAGGAUGUAUUUAUAAAUGUUCCUGUAAAAUACAAUAAUAAUGCUAUUAGAAAUAUGAUUCCUGUUUGUUGCUGUUCAUUGCUGAUGCCUUCUUGUUGCAAGUUUCCAAUUUGACACCAAUAUCAGAAAACAUGCUAGCAGAGAUAAAUGACAUGACACAUGGAAAUGGCAGCUUUAAGACACGAUUACAAUGAAUCUGAAAUGUUUAACAAAUCAAAAACCUGCCUAAUGGAGAAGCUAAAUUAUUACUGUCCCGACAUUCUGAAGAAAGGUUAAUAAAACCAGCCUUGUUUAAGUGUUGUACAUCGUAAAAAUAUAACUCAAAGACAUAAAGCAUAUGCUCAUAUCUCUAUGUGCUGCCUGUUUAACUGGUCGUAGAUAUUCUCCAUCUGUCACCCUCUUCACAGCGAUGUUUACUCCUACUCCCCUCCCGAGUGUUUAUCUAUGCACUGGUAUGUGAGCUGAAGAGGGGAGAGGGAUUCAUCCACGGCCUGUAAUACAUCUGCAAGACUAGCAGAGAUUAGGGCUCCAGUAAAAACCUGAAGAGAAACAAAACUCUACACAGUAAUGUGUUUCCAGUUUGUGCCAUAUAAAGAUAAAUAUAACAGUCAGAGCAGGUUUUUUACUCCAGAGAUAAUCUGCUGCUGGCAAACACUGGUGUUCAAAGCUGAACGUUUUAUUUGCUCUAGGAUCCAUUCAGGGGAAAUUAGAUUUUUAUUUGAGACUUGAUUAAACAGAAUGUACUGGA